AUGUUUCCCCACUUUAACUUGACGAGACGACCGGUUUACACCUAUCGGCGAAAGACAAAGUUGGAGUUUAUAUCCGAUUCAAGCGACGAUGACAGCGAUCUCGAAGACCAGAAGCAUCAACAACGACCCACCAUUGUGAAGGUGCAUGAGGAAGGUGUAUCGCCUUUCGCUGCUAUUGAAGAUAAGAGCUUUCAUAUCAAGUCAACAAAGGCAUCAGCACACGAUAUCAGGGAUCAAAAACUACCUGGAGAGGAUAAUGAGGAGCAUGUAACACCAACGGCUACAAUGCAGCAUGAGACGCCCAAUACCAAUACGGCAGCAGCAACAACAACACUGACCAAUGGACAUUUGGAAAAGAUGAACAUCUUGGAGCACACUAUGCAACCCUCGUAUGAAGCAACAACGCUCGAAUCGCAUGCAAUAGCGUUGGACACAUUUACAACAACUUGUAAACAAGAUUUGGAACCUUUACCAAUCGAGAAUUUGGAUGCUAUGGACAAUGGCAUGAAUGACAUUCGGCUGCUAACACAUACAAACGUGGAAAUGGAGGCCUUUGAUUCGACAUCGCUAUUGACUCAACAAAGUACAUCGGCGCCUAUCCCUACAACAACAUCAUCCACCGAUCAACCUUUGAAUGAUACGACAUCAUCAGCCGACAAUGAUAUAUUUGCCUUCCCCACUGAUCCAGAUCUCUUGGUGACACCGAAAGCACCCAAGCAAAAGCAUGUAAAGAAGCCCAACAGCAAGAGUGAGGAGAUGGACAUUUUCGAUUUCCCUGAGGAUGAUCCAGGUGAAAUACGUCUCAUGGUCGCAUCUUCAUUGCAAACGAAAUCAACAGCAUUGUCAUCAUCACCUUCAUCACCUUCAUCUUUUAUAUCCCCCACAUCUUCCUCCUCCUCUUCCUCUCGCAAAUCCAGACGUCAAAAAUCAGUACGCUUUGCACCCAACCUUAUCGUCAGCACAUUUCGUAAGACAUCUCUUGCGUACAGUGAACCAAAGUUAUAUCCAUUGCCUGGUUGCACAGAUGAUCACCCGCCACCACCACCGCCACCACCUUCACAACAACGUCCAUCCUUACACUAUCAGCCACAAAAAACAAGCCAAAAACGCAAACGUAAUCUGGUAUCUCGAUUGAAAAGUGCCAAUGGACAAGGGAUCAAUGAUGGAGGACCCCUACCAGCAUAUGACUUUGGUGGUGACGAUGAUGAUGAUGACUUGGAUGAGGCGGAUAGUACUUGGACUACAACACCUGUACCUGAAUCACCUGAACGAGGAGAUGAAAACUUGCCACAAGAUGUAUGGAUGAAGAUGAUUGAGGAGGCAUUGAAUGACAACAACAACAACAAUGAUGAACAUAAUAACAAUGAACCAAGACGACCGAGAUAUCAACCACAAAACCCCAUCAACGUCAAAGUCACUUAUACUCGGCAAUCCAAAAAACAUCCUCGGAACUCCCAGCCGGAUCAGGAACUUGCAGAGUUAGAUAACUUAUUAGCUACUCUUCGCAAUUGUAAAUAA